CGUUACGUCGUACACGGAAGUGAAUUGGCUGUCAUGGAUGUGUUUGUAUGUAAUGUUCUGAGGUGAUAUCAAAGAUGCUUCAUGUGUAUAGCUGAACAGCUGAGAAAGCUGAACCAUGAAAUGCGUCACUUUUCAACAACUGGACCAACUAAACCAAUUCAGUUUCCUUUCGUGUAAAGGAAUAUACACCGACCGUAAGUUAAAUGAAUUUGUAGUGAAAACAUUCUUGUAGCAUUAGACUCUGAAGGUGGAUUUCCUGCCAUUAAACGUGGGAUUUGGAUGUUGACAUGCAGACUACACUUGUUUUUUUGGCUGGUCAUAUUUAACUGAUGAUUUUACAAAGAGGUGAUUCAUAAUAUAAGAGAAAACAAGUCUCCUUUUGGAUUGACAGCCCUUUGCCAUAAUGACCUACUUUGGAGCAAGAGCAAUCCUUCUCAACCUGAGGUACACUUUCCAUAAAGCAGGCUGCUUUACCAGAACCAGGCUCAUCCAUAGCUCCAGGGCUUGUUUUGUAAAAAGAGGGCAGAUUUUGUCUCAGAUACCCAAGGUGACGUUGCUUUGUUGGGGUGCAGUCAAUGCAUCACCCUGUGCUGCCAGAUGCCAGGAAGCCAUUCUUCCUCAUCCAACCGCAGGCAAGAAGUCCCUAGCCAAAGUCCAAGUGCACAAAUUGGUAUUUUUUCUUCGCCUUAGCUUUCGUGCAUUAGUCCUACUCCUGAAAUUUGGCCCCCUGCUCCUCCUCUCCCCCUUGACUCUUCUGUCCACUCGCUGGGCGUCCUGCUGGCUGGGUGCUCUUCUGUGGGUCACUGAGACAUCUGGUCCCACUUUCAUCAAGCUAGGUCAGUGGGCCAGCACCAGACGAGACAUCUUCCCUCAAGAGUUUUGUGAGCGCUUCUCCACUCUUCACGUAAAGGUGCGCCCUCACUCCUGGACCCACACCAAGCAGUGUCUCAAGAGGGCCUUUGGGGAGGGCUGGAGGAGAGUCUUAAUCAUUGAAAGCAAAGAGCCCGUGGGUUCAGGAUGUGUGGCUCAGGUGUACAGAGGCUGGGCGAGGACAGACCAGGUGGAGGAUCCAGCCUUCCAUGCGCUGGUGGAGGAGAUGGAGAAAGACGACUUACUGGAGGCAUGGGAGAUCCCUGGGCUGGGAGGAGUGGUCAGGUCCGUGCAACGGCUCUGGAGAGGGAGCAAGGAGGAAGAGGGCUACGAGGAGAGAGGUCGCUUAGAGGAGAGCAGCACAGAGAAGGGCCAUCUGAUACCUGUGGCGAUCAAGGUGAUUCAUCCAGGCGUCAGGAGGCAGGUGGAAAUGGACAUCCUGCUGAUGAAAAUGGGCAGCUGGCUCCUGCACUGCCUGCCUGGACUCAAGUGGCUCAGUCUGUGUGAGAUAGUAGAGGAGUUUGAGCAGCUAAUGACUAAACAGAUUGAUCUCCGUUUUGAGGCCAGGAACAUCGAGCGUUUCCAGGAAAAUUUCCGCAAUGUGGAUUAUGUCAAGUUCCCAACUACGUUACGACCCUUUGUUACCAGAUCUAUUUUAGUGGAAACAUUUGAAGAGAGUGAGCCCAUAUCCAACUACCUGAGAUCUGAUAUUCCUCAGGAGUUGAAGCAGAGAAUAGCCAGAAUGGGAAUAGAGACCAUGCUGAAGAUGGUUUUUGUGGACAACUUCGUCCACGGGGAUCUCCACCCCGGGAACAUUCUGGUCCACUGCUCCGGGCCUCUCCCUGGUUCCACUGACACUGCUGGGGUCUCAGGGGAGGCUCAUGGUAAGACCACCCUCACUGACCUGUGGGACACGGUGGUGGUCAGCAUCAGACCGGAGCCGUGUCCACUGCAGUUGGUGCUGCUGGAUGCCGGCAUCGUAGCCCAACUUAGCGCGCACGAUCUGGCCAACCUCAAGGCUGUGUUCACUGCUGUGGUGCUGCAUCAGGGCGAGCGGGUGGCAGAGUUGCUGCUGAAUCACGCUCGGGCCAAUGAUUGCCGAGACGUGCCGCAGUUUAAGAAGGAGAUGGCCCAGCUGGUGGACAACGCUCUGAGCAAAACCCUCUCCCUGGGAAAGUUCCAAGUGGGUGAAUUGCUCUCCAGAGUCUUUGGUUUACUCAUCAAACACAAGGUGAAGCUGGAGAGUAAUUUUGCCUCCGUUGUGUUUGCCAUCAUGGUGCUGGAGGGCCUCGGCAGGACACUCGAUCCAAACUUGGACAUCCUGGACAUGGUUAAACCUCUGCUGCUAAAAAACUUUACCUCAAGGCUCUGACACACACACACACACACACACACACGCUUAAGCACAAUGGAUCACACACACUGGGCAUCUGUAACACACCCAGCACCUACACUCUAUAUAUUUGAUACAUAUGGUAGAUCUAUAGAUGAAGACAUGUGAGUGCUGUGUUGACCUAUAGUGAUGGUUGUUUCCAAGCUUACGGUUGCUACUGUGGGUGCCAACAUCACUACAUUUUAGCUGUGCCCUGAAUACCUCAUUACGUUUUUAAUUUGCUGUAUUCCCAUUUCUCAUAGGUUUCAUCAUACACUGUGUUUGUACUAUCGUUUCAUUUAGAGGAAAAUAAUCUUCCAGGCGCCUCUAAUUGAGCCUAAUGAAGCAGAGUGUGUGCUUUACACGAAGCAGUCUCUUGUUUAUUGAGUGCUAAUGGACUCAGACUCAGAUUGCAUCAGAGACCAUUUGUAGUGAUUUAAGAUAUAAGAGGAAAUACUGCGACUAUUCCUUGUGGCUCUCCGAUGCAUGUUUAACUUUUUUAAUGGCUAAUAUUGAUUUCAAGAUGUCUUUUAUUGCUUUAUGUUUUAUUGCAUCCGAGGUAAUGUUGUCUAAUGGGCCAUAUUUGCUCCAGUGUGAAUAACAAUGUACUAUUCCAAUGACCAAGUGAAGUGUCAUUGUGCACACAUCUGACCCAUGACUUUCAACUUUCCAUUAAAAUAGUGGGAAUAAUGUUAUGAAUAAUGCAUUUCAAUAAAAAGGGAAUCCAUGUUAA